AUGGGCGGUAAACCACCAGCACCAGCCCAAACGGACCGCAAGAAGGUUGCAGUUGCGCGGCCGAAAGCGUCGGCUCGCAACGUCCAACGCCAGGCGAACCGCGAACUGCACCGCAUCCACGCCCCUAUAGAGGAUCGUUCUGGCGGAGAUGCAGCGCCAAGAAUCGUUGCUGUGGUUGGACCCCGUGCGUCUGGCAAGUCGAGCAUCAUUAGAGCGCUCGUCAAACACUACAGCCACCGCAACCUCGAGCAAGUCCGGGGUCCGCUCACUAUCGUCACCAGCAAAACUCGACGAUUGACCCUGGUUGAAGUGCCUCCUGAACUUCCCAGUAUGGUGGACGCUGCUAAAAUUGCGGAUCUAGUUCUUCUCGUCAUCAACGCUGCCGAGGGUUUCGAAAUGGAGUGUUUCGAGUUUCUCAGCGUCGCUGCCGCCCACGGUAUGCCGCGAGUGCUCAGCGUUUUGACGCAUUUGGACGCAAUCAAAGACACGGAGAAGAUGCGGCGCACAAAGAAGCUCUUGAAAGAUCGUUUAGCGUCAGAAAUUGUUCAAGGCGCCAAAUUAUUCUACUUGACCGGUAUGCGAGAGAACGGUGCGUAUUUGAAACGAGAGGUUCAGAAUCUCGCCCGUUUUAUAUCCAUUAUCAAGUAUCGCCCGAUAUCCUGGAGAAAUGAACAUCCGUUCGUUCUCGUGGAUCGCAUUGAGGAUAUCACACCGGCUGGGCGAACGCCUGACGAGGCUGCCGCGGAUCGCCAGCUGCUCGUCCAUGGAUUCGUGCACGGCUCGCCGUUGCGACUGCCCACAAUGUUUCACGUGCCCGGUCUAGGCGACGUCUUUGUCGAAAGUGCCGUAGCGCGUGCGGAUCCCAUUCCUCCACCAGCAGCUACCGAGCCAGAUACCUCGAACAAGACUGGUCCCAAACGGCGAAGAACAUUGCAGCAGAAAGAGCGCCUGCUGUACGCACCGAUGUCCAGCUUGGAUGGUGUCUUUUUUGAUCCUGAUGCUUUGUAUGUGAACAUACCCGAUUCGUACGUUCGAUUUACGCCAACCGGCAAAGACAGCAUAUUGAAUACAGAAGCUACUGAUGUGUCGGUCGCCUCUGCCGUGCAUGAUGAAGAGGCCGGACUAUCGGUUGGAGAGCAGAUGGUGCGAGCGCUCCAGAAUCCCCAGCACGCUCCACUGCAGACGUUGUCGGCGAAAGCGAUUCGACUCUUUGGGGACGCUCACCCUGUGACUUGGGAGACCAACUUGUCUGCAGCAUCUUCUGAGGACGAAGGUGCCCAAGUGGGUUCUCUCGGCAAAUACGGCGAACAUGCUAGGGACGGGCGCCUGGCGGCCACUACCGCUUCCGACGAUACCGACACCUCAGCGGGCUCGGAGACUUGCAGUUCCGACACGUCAUCCGCGCGCGCACAGGAUGCACAUGUGUACGAAGCAGGUGGCGCUCGCGACCUGGGCAGAGUCCACAGCACUCCAGAGCGCCGUCGACCAGCGGAGCGGAUGGCAUCUCGUUCGGAGCCCUGCGACUGGCCAGUUGUCCCUACACUGGAUGCAAUCCGGUAUCCAACGAUCACCAAGGCCGCCCGACUGCGUCGCAGCGCCUCGGAACUAGGCCAAGAUGCCGUUCCAGUCGACGAUACGCGCUCUCUGGGGAGCGACCAAGAAGACAGCACAUCCUCUGCAACCCAGGGGGAGUUCUUCCGCACCGUGAAACGAAAUCGUUUUGCAACACACGAACGAGGCAUUCGUAUCGACGAUGAAUCUUACGUGUCACCAUCACCAUCAUCAUCAUCAGACGACGAGGAAGACGCCACAGAAUCGGAUUCCAGUUUUCUCGCUCGUUUCGCCGGAGCAGCGCGGCCUGUUGAUCGUUCUAGUGACAGCAGCAAGCGACCUGCAGUUAGGAUCGUGAACGGUGCCAGCGAGCGCACGCCCACUCCUUGCCGUGGAGUUGUCAGCAGUGCCAGCAGCGACCAAAGCUUCUCCACGGAGACUGGCGCAGUUCAUGCUGAGAACGGCGAUGCCGUUUCGAGCGACUCUGACAUCGCACAUUCGCCCUCUGCGGCUAGCGCUGAAGGCUCCUCCACCGACGAUGCCCUCACAGACGCCAGCAGCGAAACGGACGCAUCGCUUGGACUGAGGAAACGGCAGCCAGCGCUGACUUCGGCUUUGUCAGAAUGGCUGCAGCAGCAACCAGAUCGUUCGAAAAGUGAGGCCGAUUCCUCCGAAGCUACCUUCGGAAACAUGUCGACUGGCGAUUCUGCAACGUCACAUGACUCCAGACGCGUACGACCACCUUGUAUGGCUCCCGAUAUCGAUUCUGAUCAUGCUCUAACAGGAGAGCGUUCAGCAAAAGCGCUGGAUGAAAGCGAACCAACGAUUCUUCUGGAUGCAAACUUUGAUCAGCGCUGCUUCGCGCCGGGUACCUAUCUUCGCUUGGAGCUGCGCGGUGUACCAGCUGCUUUCGUUAGCAACUUUGAUCCCAUGCGUCCGCUGAUUCUCGGUGCGCUGCCGCUCCCAAUGGAACGAACUAGGGCCAUGAUGCGCAUUCGCAUCCUGCGACAUCGGUGGUUUCGUCGGCUUCUCAAGACCCGAGAUCCACUGCUGUUCUCCGUUGGCUGGCACCGCUUCGAGUCGGUGCCGGUGUUUUGUGUCGAGGAUUCGACUGGUCGCCACCGGAUGCUGAAGUACACCCUCGAACACAUGCACUGUGAAGCAAUGCUCUAUGGGCCGGUAGUCGCGCCCGGGACUGGGGUUGUCUGUUUCCAGAGCCUCGGUUCCGAGCGCAGCCGCGACUUUCGCAUUGCUGCGACCGGUGUGGUCUGCGAGAUCGACCACAAGUUCCGUAUUGUGAAGAAACUGAAGCUUGUUGGCGAACCGUACCGCAUUUUUAAGAAUACUGCCUUCAUUAAGGGCAUGUUCAAUUCUGAGCUCGAAGUGAGCAAGUUUGUGGGCGCACAUCUCCGCACGCCAAGUGGAUUACGGGGCGUCAUCAAGAAAUCCGUCCGGGACGGUCCACCGGGUACAUUUCGAGCCACCUUUGAGGAUCGAUUGCUCAUGAGCGACCUGGUCUUUCUUCGAACCUGGGUGCCGGUGGAGGCGCCCACCUAUUACCAUGCGGUUCGGAACCUGCUGGAACCGGCACCAUGGGCAAGCAAUGAUCCUCAUCGCACCUAUCGAUGGAUGCGUACUGCGCGUGAACUGCGCACAGCUUACCAGACUCCUCUGGAGGUGAAGGCGGAUUCAGUAUAUCGACCGGUUGAGCGUUUGCCGCGUCGCUUUCAUCCGUUGCGUAUUCCACGAGCACUGGAGGCCGCACUGCCAUUUGCAUCGAAACCGAAACAAGUCGAGGCGUUGAGCGAGCGCAAGCGUCGUCGAUUGGAACGUGCAGUGCCGGGUCUCGCAGAGCGUAUGCCAACCGCAGCAACCGCGGAGCGCAAGGAGGCUCAGUUCCUGCAGAUGCUUCGGACCGUGCGACGGGAGCGCGAAAGUCAACGGGCAGAGGCCCAGAAAAAGAGACGAGAAGUGCACCAGCGACAGCUGGAAAAAGAGGAACGCCAACGGCUGGCUGCAAGACGUGUUCGAAAGAAACAAGAGUACGCGAGUGGCGCUCACAGGUGA